AUGCUCAGGUCGCAGCGUCUCCUGAAUCUCCUGAUCGUUCCCGCGCGGAGCAGCCUGCACCGAGCUACGGAACCCGUCCAGAACCCCCUUGAAAGUGAACUUCUUCAUCGCGAAUCGAGUAUCGCGAUUCCUUUGUCCGAAGGCCGAUUUCCGGCCCCGGCUACAUCACAGCCGUCCGCCGCGGACAGCGAGUCUGAUUUGGCAGAAGAGAGUCGCUGUCUCCCGCGCUGUUACUGCGCAGGGCCGUCCGGGCCGCCGCCGACGCCGACACGCGUCCGUCACUUCGAGGAGCGACGAAAACUAGGCGAGGCACCGCCUCCGGAAUGUACAGCAAUGCGGUCUGGCUACCGAUCGAUAUGGAAACGACGACACACGCGCACUGCACACAAUGUAAUCACUGGCAAUUCUAACAAGCUAUCGCAAGUCGGGUAUUGGCAAGAAAGAGACGAACUUUGCGAAUCACUUCAAAAGAACGUGCAAUAG